AUGUCAAGAAUUACAAGAAGUAAUACUUAUCAUAUUCAAAAAAAUGAAAUUACUAUUCGUGGAUAUGAAUUAUUAAAUUUUUCUAAUGCAAAGACGAGCGAAAAUUUUUUGAGACCAGAUAUGUACAAGAUAAUAAAUGAAAAUGAAGAAUUGGAUAUGAACUAUUUUCGAGAAGAAACAUGUAAUGUUCCUGUUUUAUUUUUGUGCUCAAGAUUGAAAUUAGGAAUCCAGUGCAGUGAAAUAAAUUACGAAAAUUUUGAAAUAAUUGAAAGCAACCUUCCAAGAAAUUUUAUGUGCUCAGUUAUAAUUGACAACAAACCAGGGACAAAAGAAAUGGUUUUAUCAGAAGUAUUGGAAAAUAUGAAAAUUGAAUAUAGUAAAAGAAAGCAUAUUUAUAAUUGUCUUUCUUUAAAUUAUACUUUUAUGGCUUUAGAAGAUGUUUUCACAUGUCCAAAUUUUGUAAUUGAAAUGAAUUUGGCAAUCAACAAUUGGCCUGACGUUUUGAAAAUUGCGCAAAUUUGUUGCGAUAAAGAUAAAGAAAUAAUAUUUCCAAUGACAUGGAACUAUUGUACGGUGUCUACGAAAGGAUUAUACACAAAUUUUCAUAUUGAUUUUGGAAAUAACAGCGUCUGGAUCAGCGUUAUAUCUGGAAAAAAAACUUGGUGGUAUAUACCGUCAGCAAAAUACAUUAUUGCUGCUUUUGAACAAUAUUUAAAAGAUUCAUGUUCAAGUAAAGAUUUUUUUGGUUUUUGUGCUGCGAAUUGCUGUAAAAUUACUUUAACUGCGAGACAAUCUUUUUUUCUUCUAGCAGGUUGGAUACAUGCUGUUUAUACAAAUAAAGAUACACUUAUGGUUGGAGGAAAUUUUCUUACUAGUGCUGCGUUAGAAACACAUUUACAAAUUGUUGAAUCAGAACAACGACAGAAAGCUGAAGUAGCAUAUACAUAUGUAUACUUUAAAAAACUUAUGUGGUAUACAGUUGCAGACAUUGUAUAUAAUGUUACUGGAUUAGAAUAUAUUAAUUAUAAAGUUUUAAAAAUAACAAAUAUGUUAAAAUGUGUCAGCGUGAUUUUUUUUAUCAACAAAAUGAAAAAAAAAUUAAAUCUUGUAAAGCGUUAUUUGAAGAAUAAAAAUAUUAAAAAUGAGUUAAUAAAUGGAUCAUAUUUUAAAAAGAAUACUUCAAAUCACGUAACUUAUGAAACUGCUGUAAAACAUAAUAAUAUUAGCAAGUGGACAUUUAAAAAAGCAAAAAGCCACAAAAGCCUUCUUGAUUUUAUUAAAAAACAUAGAAAAUUAAUGGACAAAAAUCUUCCAGUUGGAAUUAUAAAUUGUGAUCAAAUGAUAAAAGAUUUCGAAAGAAUAAUAAUUUUUGCUUUUAAAGAAAUUUUUAAAUUAAAUGGUGAAAGCGUAUAUCCUUCCACAAUUUCAUAG